ACAUCCAACAAAUGAAAGAGAGAAUCUUUCUGCCAUUAUUUUGAUGGGAUGUUGCAAAGCAACAGCGUAAAAAAAACUAUGGCAAAGGUGUUCGAAAAAUAUAGAGCUGUUACAGAUCAAAGAGCAAGUGCUGGCUUAGGGCCAGGGUGCGAAACUCCAAUCCUUGAGGGUAGCAGGGUCUAGUUGUUGCAUUUCCUGCCCCUUUAAGAGCAGGGAACACAGAGAGCAUGGAGGGAAAGAGAAAGAGAGGGAAAUGGAAGGGAAGUAGGGAAAGAGUUGAGGAGCUGUGUGACGUCACUUUGCUGAAGUGAAAGCAAAUGAGAGAAGCAGAGGACGGCACAAACGUUCUCUUCACAAAACAUUCUACACAGCUGCACAGAGACACCCUUUUGUCGUAAAAGAAGAAAAGUACAAAUAUAAUCAGAUAUGGCGUCCUCGAACAGUCUGCUGCCAGAGGAGCAGUUCCAGUGCUCUAUCUGUCUGGAGGUUCUCACUGAUCCGAUCACCACUCCAUGUGGACACAACUUCUGCCAGGCCUGUAUCAGCGGGUACUGGAAAAGCACUGAACAGUGCCAGUGUCCAAUGUGUAAGGAGACCUUUGACAAAAGGCCUAAGCUCAAAAUCAACACAACACUCCGAGAGGUUGUGAAUCAUUUUAAGAGGAUACAAGUCAGAGACAGAGAUGAGUCCCCUGCUGCGCCUGGAGAAGUGGCCUGUGAUGUCUGCACUGUGACGAAGCUCAAGGCCCUGAAGUCCUGCAUGGAGUGUCUGACCUCUUUCUGUGAGACUCAUCUGCAGCCUCAUCAGAUAGCCCCAGCCCUGAAGAGACACAAGCUGAUCCACCCUGUGGAGAACCUGGAAGACAGGAUGUGCAAGAAGCACAAUAAACCCCUGGAGCUGUUCUGUAGGACUGACCAAAUGUGUGUGUGUCAGUUCUGCACUGUGACAGACCACAAGGGUCAUCACACCGUCCCUCUGAGGAAGGAGUUCGGAGAGAAGAAAGCUGAGCUGGGAAGGACAAAGAAUCAAGUACAGCAGAUGAUCCAAAAGUGCCUACAGAAGGUUAAAGAGAUCAAACACUCAGCGGAGCUCAGCAACAGAGAUGCAGAGAGAGAGAGAGAAGAAAGUGAACAGGUCUUCACCACUCUAGUCCGCUCCAUGCAGAGAAGCCAGGCUGAGGUGUCUAAGAUGAUUGGAGAGAAGCAGAAAGCAACCAUGCGGCAGGCUGAGGGGCUCAUUAAAGAGCUGGAGCAGGAAAUCACUGAGCUACAGAGGAGAUGCUCAGAGCUGGAGCAGCUCUCACACUCUAAGGAUCAUCUCCAUCUCCUCCAAAGCUCGCCAUCCCUGUGCCCCCCUACAUCCAAGGACUGGUCUGAUGUCAGUAUUACCCAGAGCAAGUGGAAUGUGCAGAAAGACAUAUCCCAGCUGGAUAAAAAGGUGAGGAGAGCACUUUCUGAACUUGAGGAGAAAUUGAAUAAUGUAUUGGAGAAGUCAAAAGGUGAUGAGCUGAAGAGGAUGCAGCAGUAUGCAGUGGAUGUCACUAUGGACCCUGAUACAGCACAUCCCCUUAUCAUUGUAUCUGACAAUGGGAAACUAGUGAGAACAGGUCACUUUGAACAGAACCACUUCUACAACGUAAAGAGGUUUAGAGGUCGUGUAGCUGUUUUGGCAAAGGAGGGUUUCACCUCGGGGAGAUUCUACUAUGAGGUGCAGGUGAAGGGGAAGACUGGGUGGAAUGUAGGAGUGGCCAAAGAGUCGGUUAAUAGAAAGACAGGUGGAUUAUACCCAGAGCAAGGAUUCUGGACCGUGUGGUUGUCUUUUCAGGUUGACUAUGAGGCCUGCACAGACCCCCAUACCUCCCUCUCACUGAAGAGCAAGCCGGAGAAGUUGGGGGUGUUUGUGGAUUAUGAGGAGGGUCAAGUUUCCUUCUAUGACGUGGACACCAGGUCUCAUAUCUUCUCUUUCACCGGCUGCACCUUCACAGAGAAGCUCUAUCCAUACUUGAACCCCUUUGAUGAUUAUGAUGGCUCAAAUUCAGCACCAAUGAUCAUCACCCCUGUUAACCAGACACACUGAGGGUGACAUUGUGACAGUGCUAAAAUGGGGGCAUUUAUAAUAUUGAUCCAAAUGGUAAUUUAAAGUAACCCAUAACCUUUUAGGACACAUACAUAAUAUUUGUAUUACUUUUAUCAGACCUACUAACCUGCUUGUAUUUAAUACAUUUUUGCCAGCUGACAUUGUUUGACGGUGAAAUGUAUUAAAACCCGUCUGCAAAACAUAUUUUAAGUAAAGCUUCCAUUGGAUUGGAUUUGGUUUCCUAAUCUAAUGGAAACAUCGUGACCAUUGUGAAACUGACCCAGUGAACUUAUAGUGAACUCAGUAGGUGAGAACUAACCCCAAUAGCAGAAAUGUGUAUUUGAGUAUCUGGUAUUAAAAGGUCCAAUGCAGUUUUUAUCUCAAUAUCAAAUCAUUUCUGGGUAACAAUUAAGUACCUUACUAUGAUUAUCAGUGGUGGGAGCAAAUCACUAUUGUUCGAGUCACAAGCAAGUCUCAAGUCACAAGGUCAAGGUUCUCAAGUCGAGUCCCAAGUAGAACAGGUCGAUUCUCGAGUCAACUCCAAAUCGUGGAUUCUAAGAACAAUUCAAGUAGAGUCACAAGCUUUUCGAAGUCAAAUCUCAAGUCAAGAAAAAAAAUAUAUACAGUAUAUAUCUUUGUCUAUUUAUUGAGGCUACCAGACAGCCCUUUUCAUUAUCUUGUCCUAAACAUAUUUUGUAUACGUAAUAAUACAUUUUAACAACAAAUUCCCAAUGCAAGUAAAUUAAGUAAAUUAUAAAUGUCAAGCAAUUUCAUACCAAAAGACCUGCAGGCCUAUGCUAGUAGUUGUUGCUUGGUGCCCCACUGCUGGCGAGCUUGCAAAGUAAACAUUUAAUAUUCUUGAUCACCAACAUUUUUUGGAGUUGCAUAUCUUUAUGGCAAUCGUCUCUCCCUACAAUUGGACAU